AUGUCCGAUAUCCUGGUCUCAAUGGCUGAUACCAACGAGGAGUCAGCAGAACUACGACGGCAGCAAGAACGCGCGAAGAAAGCACGCCAGGUGCAGCGAUGGGCACACGAAGUCUUGCCUUCGCUCCUUCGCCCCUAUCUACACCUUCUCCGCGAGUCUGAGUCUCUCAAGAACAGACUGCGUCCUACGGAGCCGGUAUGCACCUGUGGGGGUCUAGCGGCUCGCUCAUUGAGCAUCAGCUGUGUUUUCUUCGAUCGCUUAGAGGUCCUUGACCUGAAGAUAUGCAGCUGCUUGCCUGCCCCAAUCCAGCUCCUGUCUCGUGGCCUGUUCCCUUGUGCCCCUCAAGUGCCCACACUCGCCGUCGACAUCCCACUCCUCCAAUUUACUCGUGCACUGUUUGUGCGAGUACCACCUAAUACGACGUCGUUCUGCGACACGCUUGAAGCCUUUCUGGAAUCUCAUCACUACAAAUUGCGCACUAGGGAAUCAUUACGGCGGCGAUUUGGGAAUGCGCUGCUGUGGUACUCGAAUUUAGUCAACAACGUGCAUCAAUUCGUCCAACGUCGCAUCAAUCAAUCUGCCGACACGUUUGUUUGCGCCGAGACCGAGGAGAAUGUGGAGAGAAGCAGUGGUGAUCGCAGUGCUGGUAGUGCAGAUGAUGACGUGCGUGAACGGGCGUCUGCGUCCACGAACAGUGACGAGCGAUCGGCUGAGGAACAUCAGAGCCGCGCACGCGGCGCAAGCCGCUACCUACGGCAACGCUGCCCGCUGUGCUUCGGGGGCGAGUAUACCCAUCGCACUCCCAACAUUCCAGACGUGAUCGUCUGCCUCGAUGCAUGCUUCACGCAAAAGCGUCGCAAAGGAAUGUCUGGCUUGCGCGAUCCGCCCCGCACUCAUCCCGACUCCGUCUUCGUAUCGGCGGAGAAGGUCAACGCGAUGGAGGAAGAGGUCGAUCGCAUGCGGCAUCGAGGUAGCGGCAGAGAUCACCAGCAGCCGCCGCAUGAUGGCGAGACCAUGGAGGGAACGUUGUUGCACCUUCCUGAAUCCGUGCUCGACGGCUGUAACGACUCGUUCGUCGCCGCUGACGAGCGCCGCCAGAAGGCUAGCACACAGUUCUUUGCUGACACUGGGCUGAUGGCGAUGCUGUGCCGCCAUGACCGUGUCCUUUGGCUUGUCAACAUGACUUCAGCCGGCGAGAAGCAGCACUAUGCCCUCAGCCUUGUACAGCAACUCUUCGACCAUCUCCCGCAAGACGUCACGGUGGGCUUGCUCUACGACAUCGCUUGCCAACUCCAUCGAAGCAUUGUCAAGUGGGGAUUCCUAGGCCCUCUUGCCAGUCGCCUCGUGUUCGCCCUCUCCGUGUUCCAUGCGUUUGGACAUCAGUGGCCUUGCCAGGUCGUCUACCAUCCUCGGAAAUGUGUCGGCUUUGGGCUGUCAGAUGGCGAGGGGUGUGAAAGAUUCUGGAGUUCAAUCCAGAGGCUGAUUCCGUCUCUACGAGUCUCGGGGUAUCACCAGCGCUUGUUCGUCAUCGACACGCAAGUUAAGCACAUCGAAGAGCAGUCGCUUCGGCGGCUUGGUCGUUGGCUUCGGCGCAAGUGGUACCAGUGUCAGGACAAGCUAGCCACUGCACGGCGAGAGGUUGAGCAGUCUGGGGUGUCAUCGGAACAGCUUCGAGCAGAGUGGGAGUUGCAGGUGCAGGCACAGACAAAGCCUCCUCCGAAGCAGUCACGCAACCGCGCGUCGAAGACAGUGGAAGCUAUUCUAGCUUUGCAGAAGACGCAGACAUCGUACAACAAGUCGAUCCGUGAACUGGAGGAGCGGUUGCUCGUAGGUUCAGGCGAUCCUCAUGAGAUUGACUUGCAGUUGUCCGAGCUGCGCCCCAAGCAAUUGCGGGUUUCUGCUGCUAUCAUGAACAAGCGUUCCGCACUUGGUGUUGGCGAAACCUCACAGCUGUCGCGCCUCACCAAGAGCAAGUUUCUGCAGCUGCGUAUGAACGCGCGUGCUCUCAAACAGCGCAUCCGAGACCGCCUUCGCCAGCGCAAGUUUGAGCUUGAUCGACUUGAACGAGCUCAUCGUCAGACAAUGAACAAGCAUAAGCUUAGCACUCACGUGGAGUCUGCUGUUAAGCGACGCGAGCCUGGCAUACUCAAUCUCGCCAAGUCCUACAAUGCACUCUGCAAGGAGAUGUCAACCCUCAUUGCCAAGCGCCGCGCUCCACGAUCAGCUAUUGCCCCAGAGCCUAUCAAGAGUGAUGGCUUGUUCAAGCUCGAUGUGGACGACGACAUCUGGCAAGAUGUAGGUCUAGAAGACGAUGACUUUGUGGCCAAUGGCACAGAUGAGUCGCCUGACCCUUCAGCUGUCCCCCGUUGGCUAGGUGAUGAAUCUGUGCGGACUGGGAUCAAGGCCCAGCUUGUGCUUGAUCGUUGCAUCGAGGAACAAGACCGCUUGUCUCAGGAGCGCUGUACCAUGCAGAUGUGGAUGCAGGAUGAGUGGAGAUCAGUUGAGCAUGCCAUUGCCAAUGCUGGUGAAGACCUAGAUUUACUGUAUCAGCUCCAGUUGCACCAACAGGAGUUAUGUCGUCUGUGUGCAACAUGGCAGUCACAGGUGCUAGUGAUUCCAUGUGCUUAUCCAAUGCCUGCAUCUUGGGGUCCAUCUGAGCUGGAGCUGAAUGAAGCUGCACUUUAUGAGAUCUCUGAGUCUGCAGACAUGGGUGAGCACAUGGAGCAGCAAGCACCUCAUCAGGAUGCUGGUGAUGAUGAUGGUGGUGACUUUGACUAUGGGUACCAUGAUGCUGAUGAGGCUGAUGGUGACCUAUUGGAUGCAGCAGAGGCAGCUGCAUUGACAGAUGCCUAUCAUCCUUCAGAGGAUGAUGUGAUAGUCCCUCCCUAA